UCAUGAUUGAUAUUUUGUUUAAAAACAAGAAAUUGUCGUAGGUUCGCCUAUUUUAGUAUUGUGUAUUUAAAAGUGUAAUAUAAAACGGUUACGAAAGUUCCUUUAUAACGUUCUUGCAACAUAUAAUUAAAACUUUAUUAUUUUAAGCAGAUUUAAAUAUGCAGUCAUCUGAAAAGCAUAUGAAACUAGAACUUGCUUCUUUGGAUCCUGCCUUCAGAGUUAAGCAGCUAGCAAAUUAUGGAGCUAUGGUUGAUGUAGAUCCCAAUGUACCACCCAGGAGAUAUUAUCGUUCAGGUUUAGAGAUGGUUAGAAUGGCGAAUGUAUAUUUAGCUGAGGGAAGUCUCGAAAAUGCCUAUAUACUUUAUAUGAAGUUUAUGACUUUGUUUUUGGAAAAGAUUCGUAAGCACCCUGAGUAUAGCACAGUACCAUUAGAUGUUAAGUCUGUAAACCAAGUCAAAUUGAAGGAAGUCAUGCCCAAGGCAGAGAAAUUAAAACAGAGAUUAUUUGAUCAGUACACUAGAGAACAUGCACGUUAUAAAGACUUUGAGGCAAAAAGGAAGAUUGCAGAAGAGGCAAGAAGGAAACAAGAACAAGAGGAUGCAAAAUUGGCACAGAUAUUGCAAGCGGAUGAGAACAGACAAGAUGGAAGUGCAACUGGACCACAUCUAAUGAAUACUGAUAACUGGGCUGUGACACCCAGUGCACCACCUGUGGAUGGUGUACUGUAUCCAGAUGACUUUGCAAAGGAGCCAUCUCAAGCACCUCUCAAUCAGUACAAGUCAGUACCACCGCCCAUUCCACCUAAACCUGUACAAGAGAACGUUAUCAGCGAUGUGUUCCCACCGCUUGCGGGUGGUUUGCGCACAGUGGUGGUACCGGCGACUCUGAUGGGUCGGUUUUUGACCAUCGCGGCGUCGAAUACGGCGAAAAAUAUCGAACUUUGUGGCAUUUUGGCUGGAAGGUUGGAGCAAAAUCAGUUGAAAAUAACGCACGUAAUAGUGCCGAAACAAUCCGGCACCGCCGACUCGUGCAGCACUAACAACGAAGAGGAGAUCUUUCACUAUCAAGAUCAGCACAAUCUCAUCACUUUGGGUUGGAUACAUACGCAUCCGACGCAAACUGCUUUCCUCUCGUCUGUGGACCUUCACACGCAGUGCUCCUACCAGCUCAUGAUGUCUGAAGCCAUAGCCAUCGUAUGCGCACCGAAAUAUAACGAGACUGGUUACUUCGCGCUGACACCAGACUACGGUAUGCAGUACAUCGCCGCGUGUCGGCAGACCGGCUUCCAUCCGCACCCGAACGACCCACCCCUAUUCUAUAACGUAACUCACAUCCGCUUGGACAGCUCCUCGCCAAUAGAAAUGGUGGAUUUGCGAAGAUGAACGGUGAUUACCGAGUUAUAAUUUUGCUAGUCGGACAUUAUUUGCUUUUAAAUUCGACUCGAUUACCAGUACCAUUUGCGUGCCAUAAGUCAUCAAAAUAUACCUAUUACAUUUUUUAUGAUGUUGAUUAUUAAAAAAUUUCUUUCUCUCCCUGUGAGAAUUUAAAUAGACUUACAUAUAUUGAUGUGUGUCAUGGUGAUUCUUAAAAUUAUCAACUUGCUAUCUAUGUAUUUUUACAUAAGACUACUACUGUAAUACUCUUAAGAUUAAAAAAAACGGAAAUAUUUAAUUUUGUUUCUUUUUCUCUUCAGAGUAUUUUUAUAAGUGAACUAACAUUUUAAUUAUUUUGUAGACACAAUCUUUUCGAUGUCGAAUUGAAGCAUAUUUCGGUCAUGAAGACUUAAAAAUGCUUAACAAUACAAUCAUAUUAAAGCAUUAAUUCGCAUUCUAUUUAAUCUGUUAUUUUGUGUGCAUUUACAGAGAAUUGCUUUAUGUCAUGCAUUGUCUUACUUUUUGUAUCAUACUGUUGGCUCUUUUUAUUUCUCCUGUUGCUAGGAUAAUAUCUUAACAUUUUGUGUUCAUGUAGUAGGAUUUCAUAUCAAUGUAUAUGAUAUAUCGCGGUAAAAAUAAAAACGAAAUUUAUAAAUGUCUUAAAUGUUUUAUAAAAUCUUAGAGGUGCGACGAGCAAAUUUAAAGUAUUAUAUAAUAGUUGUAUAUUUACUUACUAUUGUGGUGCAAUAUAUGAUAUAGAAUAUAAAUGUCUAAAAAUCUAUUUGACUGGUGCGUUUGCAUGUGUGUAUAAAUCGACUUUGGUAUUAAAAAGUUGAUGUUCCACUGUGUAUGGCUUUAGAAAAAACGUCAAUUACUCUAAAAGAGCGUUAUCUUAACAUUAGAUUUCCAUAUUUCAAAAAUACUAAAUUUUAUAUAUAAAUUUAACUGCACUGGUAAAGGGCACAGCCAAUUGACCUUCAGGUCUAAUAUGCUAAAGUGUAUUUUAUUCAAAGGUGACAAAGCUUAAAAUCCCAUGUUUAGUUUUGUAAUGAACCUGCUUUUGAGCUCCAGCUAUGUUCUGAUGCCUUGGUAUUUUUUGCCCCUAAAAUACAAUUUUAUUAUUAAGUAUUUCUUGAAAUUAAUUAAUAUAAUUCUUUAUUUAUCUUCUCAUUAGUGUGUGUUAUUGUAUUAUAUAACGUUAUUUAUUCAAAUGUUGAUUUUACUUAAUAUAUAAAAAAUGUUGUUAUGCUAAAAACGUAGUUUAAGUGAGAAAAGACUUUAUUUUUUUAAUGUUCAUUCGGACUGUUAACAUCACAGAAUAUGUUUGUUGUGUUUAUGUUAUAAUUGUAUGAAGGAAAGACGAAAAUGCUGCGUCAACAAAAUUUUUGUGAAUGAAUGAUUUUAUGCGAAAUGUAUUUAUCAUUUCAUCGAAAAGCAGUCUAUUCUAUACUUAGUGGAAAAAAAAGAUUCUAGGCACAGGAUAUCAAUUAAUAACAUUAAAUAAUAAUCAUUUUGAAUUUUGAUGUCUAUUUAACAAACAUUGGUGUUAAUAGCUCUAAGAAUAUUACUUAUAUUAAUACAUAAGUAGAAAGAAAAUGUAUUCAAUUUCAUCGCAUUUGUUCUAAUAUGAAAAUUAUUAAUGUGUUAAUUUGUUAUAUUUGAAACCAAUCCGUAAACACAUUGUACUCUCUGUAUGUGAUGUUGUGUGUAUCGCUAUGGACCAAUGUAAAUAAAAGCAUUUUCAUUGAA